AUGGCUCCGUGGCUGCUGUGGCUGCUGCUGGUGACCGGCACGGGGGGCACCGGGGGGGUUCCCUCUGUCCCCUGGGAGCCCCCUCGGGCGGUACCGGAGCCCCGGGCGGUACCGGAGCCCCCCCGGGCGGUACCGGGGUCCCCCCGGGCUGUGUCGGACGCGGAGCUCCGGGAGCUCUCGGAGCAGCUCCUCGCCGCAGACUCGAACCGGGCCGAGCCGGGGCAGCUCGAGCUGAACCUGAAGGGCUCGGGGAGCCACACCGGGGACUCGAGGCUGUUUUCCUACGUGUCCCCGGACCUGCUGGCCCGUCCCACCUUCUCCCGGCUCCUGGCGCUCCUGGAUAAUUACGAGCCGCUCACGGGGCGGGACGAGACGGAGACGGCGGAGGAGCAGCGGGAGCAGCGGGAAUUCCUGGAGGCCGCCCUGGACACUCCGGUCCUGGCGCUGCUGGAGCGCUUCGUCCUCCGCAAGGGGCUGUACCCCUCGGCUGAGGCGUUCCGGGCCGAUCUCCACUCCAUGUGGUUUGGGCUCUACUCGCGCUCCAGUGGCAAAGCGCUGGACUCCUCUGGCUUCGAGCACGUGUUCCAUGGGGAGGUGAAGAAGGGCUCGGUGUCGGGGUGUCACAACUGGGUGCAGCUGCAGGCGCUGGAGCGUGCGGGGAGACUGGAGUACCUGGGCUACACCUGGGAUGGACCCUGGACGGCCUUCCCGGACGUGCUGUCACUGCGGUUCCUCUGGGAUGGGCACUCCAAACCCCGGGGGUCGCUCCUGGUGGGCUCCAGCCCCGAGUUCGACCUGGCUCUGUUCACCCUCUGCUUCCUGGCACGCCCCGACCGCCAGUGCCACAUCAGCCUGGGGGGCGAAGCCGCCACCAUCCAGACCUACACGUGGGACAAGCAGCGCCUCGUGGCCUCCGCCUACCCCCUGACCCCCUGACCCCCCCAAAACACCC